AUGAUCGAUCUACUUCGAGCACCCGUGGGCAAUGGAAGAAAAGCAUUGGUGUUGAUAAAGCUCCUUAACGCGCCCAUCAAAGUAAACGAAGUAAACUCCUUGAAAGGAGAAACAGAUGUGCCCAAAAAGGAGUGGUAUCUCGAAUUCACUUUGCACAAUGGUACCCCCUGCGUUGUCACAUCCAACAACAUCGAGUUGUACGAAGGAAACAUUUUGCUUGAAUACAUAGCAGCCAAUUACGACACCGAAAACAAAUUCCACUACAGUCUCGAAAAUUCACCAAGAUUGAAUUGGAAGCAAACCCAAUGGUUGUUUUUCCAAAGUUACCAUCAUGCGCAGAGAGCAGUAGCGCUAGCCGUGAUUUGGCUCAGGGAUAACCCCACGGAUACAAUCGCGAGGGAUUUUGCGUUGAAAUGCUUUGAUUCUGCCCUUAGGACAAUCGACGAGCAGAUCUCAAAGAGCAAGUCGGGGUGGUUUCUUGGUGAUAAGCUUACCAUUGUCGAUAUCGCCUUCCUUGUUGGUGAAGAGGGGCGCAGAGAAGUGACUCGCGGUACGGAUUGGUGGAUUGAUGCUGGGGAAAAGUACCCUCAUGCUGAAAAAUGGUAUCAAAGAGCAUUGAAUUUUGAUUCAAGUAUAAAGCAGAUAUUAGAUGAGUAUUCGUAG